CUGCGCACCCUCGAGAGUUGUGCGGUGAGACGUGGCUGCGAUGGUAUUAGGAGCAACCCGAGAACCGGCGGGGGGCAGCGGAUGCCGUUCCGUACAUGUGCUCACAGCGUACGCAGCCAAGAGGAUCCCACCGGAGCCGUAGCCCCACCGCGGACAGCACCGUGCACCGCAAUGACCGCUGUGCUGCCUCUCGUGCUGCCUGCGCUGCUGCUGGCAGGUGCCGCGCUGCCACCAGCUGCCGCCUCUGCGCAGCGCUCUGUGGCCCGCAUGGACGGGGAUGUCAUCAUUGGUGCCCUCUUCUCGGUCCACCAUCAACCACCAGCUGAGAAGGUGCCUGAGAGGAAGUGUGGGGAGAUCCGGGAGCAGUACGGCAUCCAGCGGGUGGAGGCCAUGUUUCACACCUUGGAUAAGAUCAACGCUGACCCAGUGCUGCUGCCCAACAUCACGCUGGGCAGCGAGAUCCGUGACUCCUGCUGGCAUUCCUCGGUGGCCCUGGAACAGAGCAUUGAGUUCAUUCGGGACUCACUCAUCUCUAUCAGGGAUGACAGGGAGGGCGGUGGGCGCUGCCUCUCCGACUCACAACCACAGCCCCCAGGCCGCCUGAGGAAGCCCAUUGCAGGAGUCAUUGGCCCUGGCUCCAGCUCGGUCGCCAUCCAGGUGCAGAACCUCCUGCAGCUCUUUGACAUCCCACAAAUUGCCUACUCUGCCACCAGCAUCGACCUGAGCGACAAGACUCUCUACAAGUAUUUCCUCCGUGUGGUGCCCUCUGACACACUCCAAGCCCGCGCUAUGCUUGAUAUUGUCAAGCGUUACAACUGGACUUACGUGUCUGCAGUGCACACUGAAGGAAAUUACGGGGAAAGCGGAAUGGAGGCCUUCAAAGAGCUGGCUGCCCAAGAGGGUCUCUGCAUUGCUCAUUCUGACAAGAUCUACAGCAAUGCCGGGGAGAAGAGCUUUGAUCGCCUGCUCCGCAAGCUGCGAGAAAGAUUACCCAAGGCUAGAGUGGUGGUUUGCUUCUGUGAGGGCAUGACGGUGAGAGGGAUCCUCAUUGCCAUGAGACGUCUGGGAGUGCUUGGGGAGUUCCUGCUAAUUGGAAGUGAUGGUUGGGCAGACAGAGAUGAAGUCAUUGAAGGUUAUGAACAGGAAGCAAACGGUGGCAUCACCAUCAAACUGCAAUCUCCAGAGGUCUUGUCAUUUGAUGACUACUAUCUGAAGCUGCGUCUGGAUACCAAUACCCGCAAUCCUUGGUUUCCUGAGUUCUGGCAGCAUAGAUUUCAGUGUCGCAUCCCUGGACACCCACUAGAGAAUCCCAACUUCCAGAAGAAUUGCACCGGUAAUGAAAGCCUAGAAGAAAACUAUGUUCAGGACAGUAAAAUGGGAUUCGUCAUCAAUGCUAUAUAUGCUAUGGCUCAUGGACUCCAAAAUAUGCAUCAUUCCCUUUGCCCAGGACAUGUUGGGCUGUGUGAUGCUAUGAAGCCAAUUGAUGGCAGCAAACUCUUGGAGUUUCUCCUCAAGUCCACAUUCAUUGGUGUUUCUGGAGAAGAAGUUUGGUUUGAUGAAAAGGGAGAUGCCCCAGGAAGGUAUGACAUUAUGAACCUGCAGUACAUAGAGCCCAAUCGCUAUGACUAUGUCCUCAUUGGAACUUGGCACGAGGGUGUCCUCAACAUUGAUGACUACAGGAUUCAGAUGAACAAGAGUGGAAUGGUCCGUUCAGUGUGCAGCGAGCCUUGUUUGAAGGGGCAGAUUAAGGUGAUCAGGAAAGGAGAAGUGAGCUGCUGCUGGAUUUGCACUGCUUGCAAAGAGAAUGAAUUUGUUCAGGAUGAAUUCACUUGUAAAGCCUGUGAACUUGGCUGGUGGCCGAAUGCUGAACUGACAGGCUGUGAACCCAUUCCUGUAAAAUACCUUCAGUGGAGCAAUAUAGAAUCUAUUGUGGCUGUGGUCUUUUCCUGCCUGGGGAUCCUGGUCACCAUGUUUGUCACCCUUAUCUUUGUGCUCUACAGGGACACUCCUGUUGUCAAAUCCUCCAGCCGGGAGCUCUGCUACAUAAUCCUUGCUGGCAUCUUUCUGGGUUAUGUUUGCCCUUUCACCCUUAUCGCUAAACCCACCACGAUAUCCUGCUACCUCCAGCGCCUUCUGGUGGGUCUCUCUUCUGCCAUGUGCUAUUCUGCCCUUGUGACCAAAACCAACCGCAUUGCACGCAUUCUGGCAGGCAGCAAAAAGAAGAUUUGUACCCGCAAGCCACGCUUCAUGAGUGCAUGGGCCCAAGUGGUCAUUGCCUCCAUUUUGAUCAGUGUGCAGUUGACACUGGUGGUCACGCUGAUCAUCCUGGAGCCCCCGAUGCCCAUCCUCUCCUAUCCCAGCAUUAAGGAAGUUUACCUUAUCUGCAACACCAGCAAUUUGGGUGUCGUGGCUCCCGUGGGCUACAAUGGACUACUCAUCAUGAGCUGCACUUACUAUGCCUUCAAGACUCGCAAUGUGCCUGCCAAUUUCAAUGAGGCCAAGUACAUUGCAUUCACCAUGUAUACCACUUGUAUCAUCUGGCUGGCCUUUGUGCCUAUCUAUUUUGGGAGCAACUACAAGAUCAUCACCACUUGUUUUGCAGUGAGCCUGAGUGUGACAGUGGCCCUGGGGUGCAUGUUCACUCCUAAGAUGUACAUCAUCAUAGCCAAGCCUGAGAGGAACGUCCGCAGUGCCUUCACCACCUCAGACGUGGUGCGUAUGCAUGUCGGGGAUGGCAAGGCACCUUGCAAGUCCAACACUUUCCUCAACAUAUUCCGGAGAAAGAAACCAGGGGCUGGAAAUCCAAAUUCAGAAGUCAUCUCAAGGCAUCUACCUCUCCAAAAUGGGAAGAGGCAGCCAGAGUUCUCGCCCACCAGCCAGUGUCCGUCGGCACAUGUGCAGCUUUGAAAAACCCCACACUGCAAUGAAUGUGUAAGAGAAGCUGCAUGAAAAAGAGUGGUUUUACCCCUUGCUUUCUCUUUCUCUUGGUUUAUCAUGUCUAAUGAUGGGACAGAUGUGGUGCAUGCCAAUAAAGAUGGGAAAUUUGCUUAUGUCCCCUGUUUCAAACAAUGCCUUAGUCUGAUUAUCCAGAUGUGAUGAAGAGGAUACUCAA